AGUGCGUCAAAAGAAUCUUUUCCCCCCUUUUUUAUAUAAAUGUAUACACAUUUACAUCUUUUGUAAUUUCCGAAACCUCGAAGAUGCGGAUCACGAAGCGGAGGACGAGGGGGCAGUAGUGACGAAAUAAUUCGAAGGUCCAUGGUGGAUCUUUGGUCCUAACAACCACCGACGGGCUGGCUUAGGUAUCAUUCUUCAUGAGUGUCAAAAGUGAACACAAUAAAACCAACACCCUCAUCAAAAAUAACAACCGUGCGCCAAUUGCAAUCCUGGAAUGCAUGGAAGAAGGAUUACUUUCAAGUGAGAGCUCAAUGGCUACGAAUCCCAUGAGUCGGCAAGUUUCCCUGUCCUACCCGCCCACUAUGAGAUACAGAAAUUUAGGGAAAUCAGGGCUAAGAAUCUCAGCCAUUGGUUUAGGUACUUGGGUCACGUUUGGAUCCCAUAUCUCUGAACAGAUGGCUGAAGAUAUAGUUUCCGUAGCAUAUGAAAAUGGAAUAAAUCUAUUUGACACAGCGGAUGUUUACGCUGGUGGAAAAUCAGAAAUGCUAUUAGGUAGGAUAUUAAAGAAAAAGGAAUGGAAACGUUCUUCAUAUAAUGUAGCAACAAAAUUAUUCUGGAGCGGAAGAGGGGAAUCUGAGAGAGGACUUUCGCGGAAAUACAUUAUCGAAGGUGUACAGGCGUCGUUAGAGAGGCUACAAUUAAGUUACGUUGAUAUAAUUUUUGUAAAUAAAGCUGAUCCCAUGUGUCCAAUGGAAGAGGUUGUUCGUGCCUUCACUCACUGUAUUAAUCAAGGAAUGGCUAUGUAUUGGGGGACGUCUCGAUGGACAGCCAUGGAAAUUAUGGAAGCUUAUACAGUGGCUCGCCAAUUUAACCUCAUUCCACCUCUUGUUGAACAAACAGAGUAUCAUAUGUUUCAGCGAGAAAAAGUAGAAAUACAUUUACCAGAGCUAUUUCAUAAAAUAGGUAUUGGUACCAUGACGUGGUCACCUCAAGCCUUUGGAAUGUUUACUGGGAAAUUCGACGAAGGAGUACAUUUAUUGUCUAGAGGUUCUAUCAAGAAUUUUACGAUGAUUCAAGAAAAGACGUGUCCUGAAGAGGGAAGAAGCCCCAGGCAUCAGUCGAAGCUUCAAGAGCUUUCGCUAUUAGCUGAAAAAUUGGGGUGUACCUCAACACAACUAACAAUAGCAUGGUGCUUGAAAAAUGAUAGUGUUCAUUGUGUAUUAGUCGGAGCUUCCUCACCAGAACAGCUCUAUGAACAUUUACAUGCCAUCCAGUUACUGCCAAGGCUGACCACUAGCCUGGUCAACGAAAUCGAGAAGAUCCUGGACAACAAGCCAAUCCGCAUGCCCGUGCAGAGGUGACUGCUGCUGCCCAAGGAUUCCUUGCCCGCUCCGAGGAGUCCACAACCACCUGUGGGGGGUGCCCUCGAACUCGAAGAGG